GAGCGAGACGCAUCUCGGUAGUCCUGAGGCAUCCGGCAACCCGCGCGGUCUCACCGUCUUACCCUGCGCGCCACCGACCAGUGUGAUAUCUUACGGUACUAAGCAUAAGAUCUCCUACUUAGUGAGCUUGAAUUACAAGUUUUGUCGAUACUAACACGAAAUAUUACGGGUAUCGUUCAGUACCUACCAAACAAAGCUUUGGUAGAGUCUUCUUCAUUCAGUCUGAUUUCCAAACUUUCCGAUUGGAUCAGUAUGAUCUUAGGAUCUCUGAGAGAUUAUUUAGUAAACUAGCGAGUGAGAGAUUUGCCCCUGCUCGAGGUUUGACGAGGUGUGAAGCGCAAUGGAGUCGGAGGAAGAAGUUCCGUUUCCGUGUUCCCUGGAGCAGAAGGGCUGGCGCGGCGCGCUGUUGCGGCGGCUGCCCAUCGCGCGCUGGGCGCCGCAGUACGACCGCGUGGAGGGGGUGGCCGACGCCGUGGCGGGCGUCACGCUGGGCCUGACGCUGGUGCCGCAGAGCAUCGCGUACGCGUCGCUCGCCAACCUGCCCGUGCAGUAUGGACUGUACUCGGCGUUUGUUGGCACGAUGCUGUACGUGGUGCUGGGCACGGUGAAGGAGGUGUCCAUCGGCCCCACCAGCCUCAUGGCGCUGCUGACGCUGCACACGUGCCGCGACCUGCCCGUCGACUGCGUGGUGCUGCUCACCUUCCUCGCCGGCUGCCUCGUGCUGCUGAUGGGGCUGCUGAGACUCGGGUUCCUGGUAGACCUGAUCUCUCCAUCGGUGACGACGGGCUUCACGUCGGCGACGGCGGUGAUCAUCGUGGUGGCGCAACUCAAGGGGCUGCUGGGGCUGAGCUUCGUGGCGGAGUCGCCCUUCGACAACGUGCGCCUCAUCGUGCAGCGCUGGAGGCAAGUGCGGCUGCCCGACUGCGCGCUGGCUGCGGGCUGUUGUGCUGUGCUGUUGGCGCUACGGAAACUGAAGGACAUCCCGGUGGGCGCCAAGCGGCACCGACUGAAGAAGUUGCUGUGGCUGGUGUCCAUCGCGCGCAACGCGCUGGUGGUGCUGGCCGCUUCCACCACCGCCUACUGCACCUACGACGCUGCCCAGCCGCUGUUCAAGCUCUCCGGUAAAGUGGAGUCUGGCUUGCCCAAGUUCGGCCUGCCCCCGUUCAGCACGACGCUGGGCAACCAGACCCUGGGCUUCUUCGAGAUGGUGGAGCGGCUCGGCUCCGGCCUGGCCGUGCUGCCGCUCGUCAUGGUGCUGGCCAACAUCGCCAUCGCCAAGGCUUUCACUGUGGGCGGGCGCGUGGACGCGACGCAGGAGAUGCUGACGCUGGGCGUGUGCAACAUCGUGGGCGCCUUCGUGCGCGCCAUGCCCACGUGCGGCGCCUUCACGCGCUCCGCCGUCUCGCACUCGUCCGGCGUGCGCACGCCCGCCGCCGGCCUUUACUCCGGCAUUAUCACCCUGCUGGCUCUCAACUACCUCACACAAUACUUCUUCUUCAUCCCCAAGGCCUGCCUCUCCUCCGUGCUCAUCUGUGCCGUCGUGUUCAUGAUCGACGUGAGCGGCGUGGUCGCGCUGUGGCGCAGCAGCCGGCGCGAGGCGUGCGUGGCGCUGCUGACGCUGGCGGCGGGAGUGACGCUGGGCGUGGAGGCGGCCGUGCUGGGCGGCGCGCUGGCCAGUCUCGCUGUGCUGCUGAGGGACCUGCUGCGGCCGCCGCAACUGCUGCUGGCCAAGGAUAAGGCUAGUGGUGAGACGGUGCUGCGCGUGCGGCUGCGGCGCGCGCUGGUGUACGUCAACGCGGAGCACGCGGCGGCCGCCGUGCGCGCCGCGCUGGCGUCACGCGCUGCACCACAGCACCGCGCCGUGCUGUUGGACUGCGGCACGCUGGCGCUGCUCGAUCAUACUGCAGUGCAGGUACUGAGUCGGCUGAUAGAAGAGCUGGAAGAGCAGGGUCGCCACCUGGUGCCGUACAACGCGGGGCCCGAGGCGCUCAAGGUGCUGCAGCGUGUGCCGCGGCUGGACGCACGCGCGCUGGCGGCGCGCUCGCUGGCGGCCGCGCUGGCGCUGGCGGCCGAGGCCCCGCCCCGCGCGCCCGCGCCCGCGCCGCCCGAGACGCUGCCCCUGCUGGACAAGGGCCGCCCAGCGCACGAGCAAGUCUGAACCCCGACUGAAGUUACUGUGUUGCUACCUCGACUGACAAAUUAUAAUAAAAUUGACUUCCCCACUCGGUACGUAAGGCUUUGUCCAAAAGGGGCGAAUUCGCUGCGAAUCGUUAUGCUCGUACGUUGUGUCCAGAAGAAGCGUUCGACGCUCGAGCAUCGAUGCGGCUCUAUUUCCCCCGACACGUGACCACACACUGCAGUUCACGAACCUGGACCAUGGACGCAACCGACGAGUCUCCAGUGGGGGCAGUGGAGUAGGUAUCUCGCCCGAACGAGCGCCGCGCGACUCGAGAGUCUAGCGUACCCACUCUACGCGAUUUACCGCGUAUUUCAAAUUCGCGCGAUGCUUGUGGACGCGAUGUAUUGGCGCCCAGUAUCUCGCCAACGCGCGUAUAAAUUCACGCGACGAUUUCAAAUUCUAGACAAGGCCUUAAUAGUGCGCGUAAAAUAAGUAGUAGCAUUUUGUUAUAUGAUACGACGUAUGAUCGUAAUAUUGAUGUUGAUGUUUAUCGCGAGGCGGCCCAAGCUGCACUAUCUGUCCUCCGAGUUACUGUGCUGACGCGGACGGGCAGUGUUCCAUACACGUCACUAGCAGUGUCUCCAACACGCUAUAGUAAACUGCCACCCGCCAACGACUAAAUAAGUACCUAGGUUGAGAUCAAUAGAGCGUACUUUGACUUUGCUUAGACUUAAGGCACUGUUAAAACGAGACCGCGCUAUACUGCUGACACAAAACCGUCUCGUUUUAACUGAAGCUUAAGUCUGAGCAAAGUGCGCUCUGUAGAUGUCUGCCUUAGUCCUUCACAUAAUAAUGAGUAAAAUAAAUAAAACAUUAUUUUGCUUAGUGAAGUAGCUUCUUAUUCCAUUGUAAUAAUAAUUAAAAUAUUAGUUAAUUAAGUAAUAGGUACAAAACCAAAGAGUUACCGUAACUAAUCGAUAAUUAUGUAAGCAUACGUGUCAAAUGUUUCGAACAUUAAGCCUGUUUCUUGAUAGUAAUCAUGUAUAUCUAGUAAGUACAAUAUGAUUUUUGAUCUAAAAAAUCUAGUAUUAAUAAACUAAGGCAUCUAUUUAAAAUGUUUUAGUAUAGUGUAUAAUAUAAGUAAUUGAAAAUAAUGUAGAAUUAUUGUUAAUUUAUUGUUAUGUUCUCAAAUUUAAAUAAAAUAAAUAUGUGAAUACUUUUUACAUCACAGAGAAAAAUAAAUAGAUUUAUAAAUGUU